CACAAAUUGGACGAGCUCGAGCACGCUGCACGAAGCUAGCGCAGUGUAUGCAAUAUUUUGAAUACAGCUGGAUGUAUCACACCGGUGGAAAUAUUCGAGAAUUCUUGGGGAAAAUGUAGUCAUAAUGAGAGUAAAACGUGUAAUUGUUGGCGUGAUGGCCGCAUAUUGUGGUAUAUUUUCACACUUCAACCCACAAUUUAACCUCGUCGUAAUUCGCGCGUUUGUGCUGCCAGAGCCGCAUCAUCUGGCCUCGAGUACUGAGCAUGUACCUCUGGCGCUCUGUCACCAGGGCACUUCGUCGAUCAAUGUCAACGUCAACCUCCUCCCUUCCACCAUCACCCAUCCCUCUUCUAACGUCGGUCGCAUCGUACAGACAAUGGCGACAGAGAGCCUUCGAUGAGGGGAAAUCUGUGGGCUUCGUGCCGACCAUGGGAGCUCUUCACGACGGACAUCUGUCUCUUGUUCAGAGGUCACUGGCCGAAAAUGAGCUGACAGUUCUUUCCAUCUUUGUGAACCCAGCCCAGUUCGCCCCGCAUGAAGACCUCGCCACGUACCCUCGCACCUUACCAGGAGACCUGGAGCUCCUUACAGCACAGCAGGUUACUGUGGGCGAGACUGUGAGGAAAGCCUCUGCCAUAUUUCUACCCUCGGUCCAGGACAUGUAUCCAUCUGGUAUAAGCCAAGAUGUUUCAACACAAAAGGGAGCGUUCGUCGAGAUGAAGGGAUACGGACAUCAGAUGGAAGGCGCAAGCAGGCCGACAUUUUUCCGAGGCGUGGUGACAAUUGUAACCAAGCUAUUCAACGUGGUCCAGCCUACAAAUGCGUAUUUCGGUCAGAAAGAUAUUCAGCAAGCCUUACUUCUUCGGAGACUCUGCAAGGAUUUGCUUUUCCCACACCCCGAAGCUGACCACGUCCAUAUUGUCCCCACGACCCGUGACCCGAACGAUGGGCUUGCUUUAUCGUCCAGAAACGCAUAUCUCUCUGCAAAUGAGCGGAAAUUUGCACCUGCGAUUUACAAGGCCCUACAAUACGCAGAAUCCGCGUGGUCGAAUGGCGAAUCCAAGGACCGAUGUGUUUCAAAAGCUGUCUCUGUCAUCGACGAAGUAAAAGUACAGGCUGCCAUUGACGGAGUGGAUAUGCGGCUGGAUUAUAUAGAGAUGAAUGAUUCGGAGACAUUCGACGUCUUGGACGCGUCUUCGAACCAUCAGUUGGCAGGAGAUAUACCUGUGAUUCUGAGCGGUGCGCUAUGGGUUGGGAAGACCAGGUUGAUCGACAAUAUCGUACUAGUUGGUGACCUCAAACGUAUAAUAAGAUAGCUCACAAAUAGAUGCGGGUGUGGCAAGAUUAUUAAAUGCUGAAGC